AUGGUCGCUUUGAAAGUGUUCGUCUAUCUUCUUCUUCUCUGCUGUAAACGUGCAGAACUUGUUUCAACUGCCAAUGAAAACAUUAGAAACACCGACGAUUGUACCUAUGAAGACGCGCGAUUCGGUCGUAUUGAUUUAUCUGAAGUAGGUUUAAAAGAUGGUGUACCAGCCUUUCGAAAUUUGGAGAAGGGCGAUUACUUUUACUCUUAUAAUCCUUGUUAUUCAUUCACUGAAAAACCUCUAUGUAAUGACGUAGCUGCGUGUCAAAUAUAUAAAGAUGGUUCUAUAUCAUUUCCACUCGGUUACAAUUCAUUCGCUACAUGGUCAAUCUCAGAAACUGGCAAUGCAUCACUUAUUUAUUCAAUAGAUGUUAUGUGA